AUGUCUCUUGAUCGCCAUCAGGUUAUUAUUUUGAGUCGGGAGGAUGCAAAGCCGUUUAUGAGAUUAGAUGAGUAUUAUGACAUAGACAGAAAGUACGCUAAGCCUGGCUUUAAGAAUCGAGAUGGAACCUUUAAUUGGCAUUGCUCAUGUGUUAGCAGCUACAUGUCUGGACCCUGCGGAUAUUUUUUUAGAUCUUUUAUGUCAAAUGUAGAUAAAUUCGUCGGGAACGAGGAUACAUUCAAACAUGACGAAAAUCGAAAACUCUUCAGGAGCAUUCACUACAAAUUAAUGGGAUGCCUGAAGCAGUUCCCCACCUACUAUAAAAGUUUUAUUGAAGAUUAUGAUACACCUUUAACUGAAUUGCUUUCUGAAAAUAAACAAUCUCAAAGUUAG